AUGAGCAAUAAUGUAUAUUAUACAACAUCACUUUUGAAAAAGCAAAAUAAUGGGAUUGAAUAGAGAUUUGCUUAUUUAAUGGAAAAUUUUCUCAUCAUAAAUAAAGUAUGAGUUUAAUUAUAUUUUACUUAGAGAGAAGGUCUGAAUUUCAUAGAUAGAAAAUUUGAUUUGACUUCAAUGGACUGCCAAAUCAAAUGGCAUUAUGAGUAUCAUACUUAUAUUAUUUAGGAACAACAUAAUCACAGAGAUGAUGGUGUAUGACACAAAAUAUAAUUAAAGAAUUGUGUAUUAUGAAAAACCAGAGAUCUUACAAGGUUUACAAAACAAACUUAAUGGAAAAGCAUACUAUAGAAAUUUUAAAUAGUUUUACCAGAAAUUAGAGGUAAUUAAAUCUCAUAAAAAUGUCGAAGUAAUUUCCAUUAUUCUAAUAUAGAUUAUGAUCUGUAAAAAUAUAUUAACAGAAGAGAUUGUAGUAGCUAAAUAAGUGAAGUUUCCAAAAAAUAAACAUGUUGAUUCUGAUCAUAAUGUAUUAAUUCCAACUAAUUUAGUCUUUUGUAAUGAGUGAGGCUAAGAUUUAUAUGAAAUUAUCUUACAAUCCUCAUCAAUAUCUUUUAGGAGCCCAAUAAAUUUUCAUAUGUGAUCAAUCAGUUAUUUAUACUAUGCAUCAUUGUAAAGGUGGAACACUCUAUGAAUAUCUAAUUGAGAAUGAUUUAAAUUUGCCAGAAUUAGUUACUCAAGAAAUGAUGAGAAAAUUAUUAAUAGGACUUAAUCAUCUCCAUAAACUUGGAAUUAUGCAUAGAGAUAUAAAAUUAGACAAUAUAAUGUUACUGAGAAAAAAUGAUCCAAAUUCAAUUCGAAUUAUGGACUUUGGGUACUCAGCAUUCAUUGAUAAUGAGAUGUUUUCCUAUUAAAGAUGUGGAACUCCUGGAUAUAUAGCCCCAGAAAUUUUAAACAUGAAUCAAUAUAAUGAAUUAUGUGACAUUUAUAGUUUAGGCUGUGUAUUCCAUGCUUUAUUGACAGGAAAAAAACUAUAUUAGACACCUAAAUCAACCAAAGCUUCAGAAUUAUUGAUUUUGAAUAGAAAUAGCAUUAUUUCAUUAUCAUAAAUCUGUAAUCUCAAUGCUUUAGAAUUAUUGUAAUCAAUGAUAUCUGUAGUUAAAUACAGACCCAGUGCUUCAACCUGUUUAUAACAUUCAUAUUUUGAAGAAGAAUAAUUUUAGAUAGAAGAUCUAUGCACACAGUAAUUUAUUAUUAAUAUUGUAGAUUGAGACAACUAGAUUUUCCUUAGCUUAGAAACCCAUUUAGAUCUUGA